AAAUCCACGCUGUUCGAAUUUAUUUUGAGGUUAUAUUGUGGGACUUUUCAUAGUUAAGUUGUAAACUUUUAUGUGUUUUGAGAGUUUUUCUUUAUUAUAAGUAUUAAAAAUGAGUAAAAAACUUAAAAACAUGAAGUGGGCAUCUGUGCCUCUAGAAGGCUUUCCCAUUUCAUCUGAAGAUUUUCACGGUUUUGUCGGUUUAGAAGAGUGUACCGACUACGGUUUUGAUAAAGAAAGUAAAAAACAGAAUAAGAAGAAACCGGAAAAAAAACGGAAAGCGCCUUCUGAUAGUAACCCUAAAGAAGUACCAGUAAAAAAAACUAAAAAAGAGAAAAAAGCAGCAAAUUCCAAACAAUCAGUGCCUGCUGAAAUUAUAGAAAACCAAGGUUUUGUAGUAGAGUCAUGUGUGAAAGCAAAACCAACAACUGGGAAAGACACAAUCGAGUCCAAAAAUAAUAAAAAAGACAAACAAAAGCAGGACCAAAACAAUAAAAAUGAAAAAAAGAAGAAAGUUGCAAAGAAAAGCAAACCUAGGUUGGGUGAAAACACAGUAGACAUUGAUUCACAGUUGAGCCUGGAUGAAAUGCAGGCGUGGUCUGCUCUGCAGAUCCCUGAAGAGAUACUGAAGGCUUUAGCAGAACAGGGCUUCAGCAAGCCUACUAAGAUACAGGAGCUGACUCUACCUUCUGCUAUGCUUGGCCGCAGAGACAUAUUAGGUGCAGCUGAAACAGGCAGUGGAAAAACAUUAGCUUUUGGAAUACCCAUACUAUCUGGAAUCAUGAAACUGAAAGAGCAAGAGGCAGCAGGCAUUGAUGUCUAUGAUGUACCUUAUAAAAAAAGCUCUGUUAAGAAGAAAACUACUGAAACCAAACCUAAGAAAGUAUUUUCAAAGAAAGCUAGUAAAAAAGCUAAAUUAAAUAAGAAUAAAAAUGGGGAAUCGUCAGAAGAAGGAUAUAUUAGUGGAGAAAGUGAUGGUUCUGCUCACGAUGACAAAGGGUCAGAUGAUGACAGUGAAAAUGAUGCUUCUGAAAGUGAUAAUGAGAACCAGUCAGACAAUGAAGGACAAUCUGAUGAACAGGAAUCAAAUGACGAGAAAUCUGAUGAGGAAUUUCUAGAAGAAUAUGAUGUUCCAAACAAAAAGAAAAAAGAGAGUGUGGACGAUGGAAAUAAUAGUGAUGACAGUGAAGAAAAUUAUGUUCAUCUAUCAGAAAUGUUAGACUCAGAUGAUUUGGCUGAUUCAAGUGAUGAAGAAAAUGAUUUUGUUGAGAGCAACAAUGGUGAAAAUAGUGAAGAGGAUAAUAGUGAUGAAUCAGAGCCUGAUGAUGAACUUGAAAGGUCUGAUCAAGAGGAUGUUGGUGACGAAAAUGAAACAGGUAUAACACAGACUAAAUAUCUUCUGUCUUUUUCAGGUGUAGGGUGUGUGAAGGUGAUUGAUGACAUAGAGAUGCCUGGGCAUGUGGUGAAGAAGACUGGGAAGCCGCUGUAUGCCCUCAUACUGACUCCCACCAGGGAACUUGCCAUGCAGAUCAGCAGACAUCUGAUAUCAGCCGCUAAAUAUACUGGUAUAAGAGUAGCAACAAUAGUAGGCGGCAUGGCGGCGGUGAAGCAGGAGCGUUUACUGCGCGCGGGCCCCGAGGUGGUGGUGGCCACGCCGGGCCGCCUGGCGGAGCUGCUGGGGCAGCGGCAGCCACACCUGGACCAACUCGAGCAUAUCAAGUUCCUAGCCAUAGACGAGACAGACCGCAUGGUGGAGAGGAACCACUUCCUCGAGCUGCACCCGCUGCUGGCGCGGCUGAACGCGGACACGGCGCGCGGCCGGGCGCGGCAGAACUUCGUGUUUUCCGCCACGUUGACCAUGGUGCACGAUCUGCCGAGCCAUUUUAAGGGGAACAAGGUAACAAAACGCGGUAAAAUAAUAAAGAGGAAAGUGCACAAGAUGACUCCGGAACAGAAGAUCAAGAAGUUGAUCACAAUGAUCGGCAUGACGGACCCCAAGGUCGUCGACAUCACCACACAGAACUUAGGCACAGCAGAAACACUAACAGAGUGCCGCAUCUCGUGCGCGCUGGACCAGAAGGACCACUACCUGUACUAUGUCCUGAAGCGGCACCCGGGCCGGACCAUCGUGUUCUGCAACUCUAUAGGGAGUGUUAAACGGUUAGCGCAACUGUUGGGUCUGCUGAAAUGUUCGCCGCUGCCCCUUCACGCAAGCAUGCCGCAGAGACAACGGAUCAAGAACUUGGAAAGGUUCAGAGACGACCCCCACGGCGUGCUAGUGGCGACGGACGUGGCGGCGCGCGGGCUCGACAUACCCGGAGUGGACCACGUCAUACACUACCAGGUGCCGCGCACUGCCGAGAACUACGUGCACCGCUCGGGCCGCACGGCGCGCGCCACCAAGGAGGGGCUCACCAUCCUGAUGGUGGAGCCGGGCGAGGCGCUCAACUACGCCAAGUUGUGUCGCACGCUGAAUAAGACCACAGACCUGCCGACGUUCCCCGUGCCGUCACCCAUCCUCAACUCAAUGCGCGACAUAGUGACCCUCGCCCGGGAGGUGGACCGCGCCGCGCUGACUCACCGCCGGAGCCAGCAGGAGGCGGGCUGGCUGGACAAGGCGGCCAAGGAUAUGGACAUGCUGGUGGAUGAGGACUUUGUUCCCCGCAAGCACGCACAAGCCUCCUCGUCCAAGGACCUCCAGUUCAAGAAGAAGCAGCUGGACGCGCUCAUGGCUCGCCCGCUGUUCCCGCGGGGGUUCUCCUACAAGUACCCCAGUUUGAACGACCCGGAUGUACUGGGCGUGAGGAGUGAAGAAAACGCGCUGCAAGUGAUGAAGACGGCCAUCCAGAGCGGAGAACUCAAGAGGGAGAAACGGAAGAGCAAGAACGCGCCGUUACUGAAAUUAGAGAAGAAAUCUAGAAGUAGAAACAGCAGGAAGGUUAGGAAAAGUGGUAAGAAGGGAGGGGAAAAGUCUACGCCUGAAGCGAAGGGAGAAAGGUGAUGCUUGGAGAUGUUAAAGAACGAAUUAUGAGAAAUAAAUUAAUG